GGGCAACUACACAUAUCAGUCUGUACAUAACGGUUCUAGUUUCUUGUACCUGAUAAUAUUUUUUUUUCCCUUCACUCCUACCUUAUUUCUAAAGAAAAAAUAUGCAGCAUCGCUUUCCAUUCUGCAAUCCAAGAGCACAACUGUGUGACGAAGGAAUAAUUGCACCAUCCUCAGUACACCUGCACCACUCCACACCUGUCCCUCCCUACAGGCACAACCAGUCCUCCUUACCACCGAGUGCAUUCAAGCUCAAACAAGCUGAACGGGGACGACUUAUUGUGUGUUCAAGCCGCUGGCGUACACCAAAAGGUAUUCACAGGUAUAUCGACACAUAACUGGGUGGAAAAGCUGUUUGCACUGAUGACGUGAACUGCUCAAGUUUAUCUGAGUCAGAACAUGGCGUCCGCUGGCGAACGUGUGACGUACGUGUGCACCUUCCCUUAGGGACAUGCACCAGUGUUGUUGCGUCAGAAUAGCUGCUUCGUAUAUAAAGUAGUCACUGUCGUUCGAGGACAUGGUAUAGGAGGACUUCUGUAACUUCAAAGUCCACGCAGGUAAGAUCUCGACAAUUCAGUCGACAUCACACGUUUGGUGCGCAGGUACUGCGACUUCUACUUGGAAAGCAGAGUGAACAUGGAGCCGGGAACUGGACUGCUGAUGGGCGGGGUGCUGGCAUUGUCAACACUGUGGUGGUGGCUGACAAGACGAUCUGCUGGCCUGCCCCCAGGACCUGGACCUGCCCUCCCGCUGAUCGGUCACCUCCACUUGCUGAGCAAAGACCCUCGGCAGCAGUUCGCAUCAUGGCGGCGACGGUACGGUGACGUGUUCAGUCUGUACGUGGGCAGCCAGCUGGUGGUGGUGCUCAACGGCUACAAGGUCAUCAAGGAUGCACUGGUCAAACACGCCGACGUCUUCUCCGACAGGCCUCACAUCUAUCUCACAGAUUACAUCUCAAAAAACAAAGGUGUUGUCGCCUCGUCGGGCGUCCUGUGGAAGGAGCAGCGGAAGGUGUCGCUGGAGAUUCUGCGCGAGAUGGGGAUGGGCAAGAAUGUACUGGCCGAGAAGAUCCACGAGGAGGUCAGAGAGUAUGUCAAGGCCGUCGCCGCUCAUCAGGGGAAGUCCUUCGAUCCGAAGGACAUGACACACGUCAGCGUGUCCAACAACAUCUGCUCCGUCGUCUUCGGGACCCGGUAUGCGUACGACGACCCGACUUUCCUCAAUUACAUAUCCACUAUGGACGAAAACUUCAAACUUAUAAACAAGGCAACAGCCUUGGACUUUGUGCCCUUGCUAAAGUACUUACCUGGGGACAUGUUCAACACAAAAGUUAUAAUGAAAAACGUAAAUUAUAUACAAGACACGUUUUUGAAGCCACAUCUGAAAAGCCACUCGAAGAACUUCAGCAGAGGAACUGAUCAAGUCAGCGACUUCACUGAAGGCUACUUGCGGGAGAUGAACAAGGUCAACGGCAAGUCGACCACACUGGACGAGGAAAACCUCAUGAUGGUCAUGGGCGAUCUGUUCGUCGCGGGGACCGAGAGCACAGCCACUGCCAUUCGCUGGGCUCUCGUCUACUUCCUGCACUACCCGGAGGUACAGGAGAAGUGCUUCCAGGAGAUACAGCGAGUCAUAGGCGCUGGCCGAGCCCCGACCAUCCGCGACAGACCGGAACUGACGUACGUGGAGGCCACCAUCAUGGAGGUCUUGAGGCUCGCCGACAUUGCGCCGUUUAGCGUCCAGCAUGGACUAGAGGAGGAUGUCGAGUUCAUGGGCUACAAGCUGCCCAAGGGAACAGUAAUCAUCCCCAAUCUGGAGUCGGUCCUUCAUGACCCAGACAUCUGGGAUGAGCCACUUGCCUUUCGACCCGAAAGAUUUCUCGACGCCAGCGGUAAACUCAUCAAGCCGGAAGAAUUCAUUCCUUUUAGUAUGGGACGGCGAGUGUGUCUGGGUAAGGCCAUGGCUCGGACGGAACUCUUCCUGUACCUCACCGCCAUGAUUCAACGCUUCCGCUUUCUGCCACCAGAAACUGGAGAGCUGCCAUCUUUGAAAGGAAUCUUUGGAAUGGCUAUCAGUCCUAACUGUUACAAAGUUCGUGCGGUUUCAAGAGACUAGCUUGCAUGAGAGGUGUAGAGGAGAAAGCGUAGCCAUGUUGCUGACAUAUAUAUUACACUAAAUACUAGAGAAAAAUUUGCUAACAUUAUUGGUGUAAUAAUAGUCUCUUGCCAUCAAAAACUUUACUUCUAGCUUCUAUGCACACACACACACAUGUUUUUGAAAAAGUGUUUUUAUUCUGAUGAUUUUCCCCUGUUGACUAUGCCAGCUAUUUUGUCUUUACAAACUCAUUACCUGAUAUCAUUCUAUAACUCACGUGAUCGCCUCGAUGAACUGACAGAUGUUGUUUCCUCUUACAUUUCAUUCUGCGUUGAUUCUGUAAUACCUUGUAAAAUCUUUGUCGUACAUGUAUUUCCAAACAACAAAUUGUGGGUAACCAGGAGCUUGAAACAUGUACUAAAUAAGAAAAAAACGUAUUUAAUUCACCGGUGAUGACUUGGCUAAAAGAUCUCGGAUAGAGAGAUAAGGGACACGAUCAAAAGAGCUAAAAGAGAGAAUAAAGACAUGAUAGUCACGUGACUUUGACAUGCCUGGCAGGGGAUCAAGUCUAUGGCGUCUGUCAAUCACAAGACGGAUCGCACCAGGAAAUCAGUCAAACUCAAUGGAGUGAGGGAUCAGGACAUGCCAAAUGUUUUGAAUAACUUCAGUGCACGUUUUGAGAACUAUGAUUUUCCGAUAAUGUUAGGGAACUCAGACAGUCGCGUGUCUCCGACAACGACAUAGUUAUUUCUCAAGUCUGUGUGAUGGAAUCGCUAAAGCGUGUCAAGGUCCACAAGUGUUGGGGGCUGAUGGCAUCUGUGGGAGUGUCUGACAGCGGCAGAAGUACGAACAGCUUCCUCAUUAAGUUAGUCAAGCCAUCUUAGGCCGUUUGUACCAGUCGUUUAUUUAGAUUCUUUUAUCCUUUUCAUUUGUAUGAUGGUUUUGCAAUCUCUCUGUCCAUGAUAGGAACAGUCGGAACAGUAUUGUCAUCAUCUGUUCUAAGACAAUUGAUGUCGGACAGAGGUAUUUAGCUUCUUUUUAUGAUCAACAAACAGUUAUGAAAACUUCACGCAAAUUGUCUAUACCUGAAGAUGUACUAUCGAGAGAAUUUGUAUUACUAAGCUCAGGUAAAAGUUAUUCUAUGCCAAUAUGUAGAAGUAUCAGAUACCUGAAAUCGUUUGUGCCAUCUGCGGUCCAGCUGCUCAACCUCAGAUGAAGUGUCAAUGGUGUGUGUUUUAUUGUAGAUGCGCACAUGAUUAUUCUUGAUACAAGUUUCUCGGUUUUUUAUAGUAAAUAUAUAUUUUUUAACUUCCGUUCACUUUUAUAUUUAUUACUGUAACCAGGGCAUAUUCCCAUGCUUAAAUUGCCCAAUGGGACAAAUAAAUUUUAUCAUUGUCAAACAUUAUUGACAUUGUUAUCAUGAACUAAACUUUGUAAAUUAUCCAAAUUUUAUAAUUUAUUUUCACCUUUAAGAAAUUGUGCAAAGGAACAUUCUGAGAAAUACAGGUGCACAGUGGAGAGCUGCCAUCUUUGAAAGGAAUUUUUGGAAUAGCUAUCAGUCCCGACUCUUACAAAAUUCGUGCGGUUUCAAGAGACUAGCUUGCAUGAGAGAUUUAGAGGAGAAAACGUGGCCAUGUUGCUGAUAUAUUACAAUAAAUACUAGAAAAAAAACAUUAUUGGUGUAAUAAUAGUCUCUUGCAAUCAAAAACGUCUGCUUUUUGAAAAUCUGUUUGUAUCAUUUAUUUUUACCUCUAAGGAGGUUGUGCACAGUAACAUGUUCCUAUAAAUCAGUGGCGUAGGAAUAUGGUCGAUUUCUGUGAGCUGUUUGUACUACUUUAUUAAAGGAUAUGUAAGCUUA